CUUAUUUUUUAAUGACAUUAAAUAUGCAUGAAGGAACCAUUGYCGUAGUACAAAGAGGAAUCAUCCGCACCAAGUUUCAGAAGAAAAUCGGUUGGGCAUUGUUCACUCUCCUAUUUAUUUGGUGAUAGCUUUCAAGAGAAGUGUGGCGGCUGAUCCGACGACAGCGCCAGCGGUCAUGAGAAUGGCUGGGCUAGGUGUAGCCUUGAGUUCUCCGAGUUGAGCGAAUGCAGGUUCAUCUUCAGAAAGUUCGUAAGUUCCGGUGGUAGAGAGCUUGUCCAUGCUUACCAUCACGCGCUUAACCAUGGACUCCUCAGCUUUUCGGAGCCAAACACGAGGGUCGUAGAACUUCUUAUUAGGUUUGUCUGCUCCGUCAGGAUUACCAAUUUGACCUUGGAGGUAUGCGCGCUUGUCUUUUUCAUAAGCACGGAGACCAUCCCAGUAAGACCACUGAGUAUCGGUAUCAAUGUUCAUUUUGACUACUCCGUUUGCAACGGCAGUUCCGAUUUCUUCAUCGGUGGAACCAGAUCCUCCGUGCAUGACAAGGAAAAUUGGCUUUUCGGCUUCACAGCCCAACAUUUUCUUGGCAUAGGCUUGGUGRUUUCCGAGCCGUUCGGGAGAGAGCUUGACAUUCCCUGGCUUGUACACACCGUGGACAUUUCCGAAGGCGGCAGCGAUCGAAAACAUAGGCCCAAUCUUUGAAAGUGCCUCGUAGACAGAGUAAACUUGCUCGGGUGUUGUAUAAAGUUUUUCUGGAUCGACGUCUUCGUUAUUCACACCAUCCUCCUCUCCUCCAGUGAUACCAAUUUCCAUUUCCAACCAAAUCUUCAUGGGAGCCAUGCGCUUGAAGUAUUCAACACAGAUGGCGAUAUUUUCGUCAUCGGGUUCCUCGGAAAGAUCAAGCAUGUGGGAAGAGAAGAGAGGUUCUCCAAACUUGUUAUAAAAAUCUUCGUCGGCCUUGAGCAUAGAGUCGAACCAAGGCAGGAGCUUCUUGGCACAGUGAUCAGAGUGAAGGACAACAGGAACCCCAUAAUAUUUGGCGACAGAUCGAACAUGCAUGGCAAGAGCAAUAGAUCCAGCGGCGGCUCCGUCGGCGUUCUUCACACCUUUUCCCAAAAGGAAAGAACCUCCCCCAUUGGAAACUUGAAUCAUUACAGGUGCUUUGGCUUUGCGKGCAGCCUCUAAGACGGCAUUGGCGGUUGAAGAACUGCUCAUCGAAGAAUCAUGGGGGAAAAUGCCACAUCAAGCACAAAACAAAAGAGCGUGAGAGGAAAUCAAGUUUUUUCUUAAUGCCGUAAAACGAAUACUUUCGGCAAAGAUAUUAAGAAACUGCUACGACGUCAUUUUUGCAAAACGUGUGGCUUGCUGUUGGUAAUUGUCCAACAUUUCAAUAGAUAAUUYUAUUGUAUCUGAUAAAAGAUCGCUGUCAACAACAUCAGCUACAGUGSAACGCACCUGGUACAGUUCACAGCAGGAAUGGCGUAGUUAUUGGCACGGGCAUGUUCCAUAAGUUUCAUCAGGUUAUCACCUGUAACAACACCGGCGGGCACAAUAUCAGCGAGACUCAUCUUGGUUAAUAAUUGAGGUAAUUUGGAUUAACAAAAGGAUUGUGAGACCUCCGUUUGUUUUCUUCUCCGUUAGGAUCUGCGCGUGAUCUGUGAUUUUCUGARAGUGUGCCGUUCAAAACCGUGCUGCGGUCAUAGAAGACGAACAGAAUCCUUUUUUGGUGGUGAACAGAAUACACGCACGAGAUUUGACCAACCAGAUAAGCAGUAUUUUGCGAAUUUGCGCGUUCACCUUUUGAUGUGUCAAAAAAGUUAACCACCUCGAAAAUCCGCUUACGUUAGUUUGCGUGCAMGCCAAAAUUCCUUUUUACUGUAUCUGUCUACACUCUACACCCUAGACGGAAACUACAUGCAGUACGAAAUCUACUGAAGGAAUGCGCGAGGAUAAAUUUUCGAAGGAAUGUUGUUCUAUCGGAUGUUCCAUGGAAAUCACGACAACAAAAUCUCGAUUCUCUGUCAUUCUGGCGUUUGAUCUCGUUCACGAUGAUACCUGAACCGGCAUGSUGCCGUAGAUGCCUCAGUUUAGCAACAGAUACCUKAACCGGCAUGSUGCCGUAGAUGCCUCAGUUUGGCAAAAGAUCAAAACAAGCUCUGAAACUGUCUUCAAGCGUCGCAAUGAAUGAAUUAUUUCCAACAUUGCGAAACCAUUGUUUUUUUUUUAAACGAUGAUGCGGCAAAACAACUUGCUUUUGUAAAAAUAUGCGACCCACCAUGCUCUUCAAGAUAUUUUGUUAAUAAAACAGAAUGUCCCGUGUUGAUGUGAACAACAAACAUGAAUUCAUAUGGAAAAUGUCCUAUAGAGAUUCUAGCGAUGAAAAGCGGAUGUAAAGGUACGCUGAGACUACGUCAUUAUUUUGAAGUAUUAUUGUUUUAAUCAGAUGCCGUAUUGAAGUUGGAGUGUCACAAGAACCGAACAGACACACAAGUCCAGGUACUGACUUGRACUUCCCAAAAAUGCAUACGGCUAGAUCAAAAGGAAAGUUCUUUAUGCUCGAAGAGUUCAUAAGCUCCUCUCWCGACAACCAUUGAUCCCGCCAUGGGAUAAUACUCCGACACUUUUUUAAAUCUUUGUUGGAACCAAAAAGGAAGAAUAAGCAGUAUAUGUCAUCUCAUGACAAUGAACGUUGGGCCCACAUUGAAUGCCARAGGUUUCUCAACUAUUCGAUGUUAUUCAGAUCAACCGAAAACUCAUUCGACUCUUCAAUUUAUUUCCGCAGCUUCGUGAGUUGGCGAAAACUUAUCGCAAAUAUUUUCUUAAUGUAUCUGUCGCAAACGUUUAAUAAUAUGCAAAACACAAGUUAGCGCGGCGUGRAUUGAAUCAAAAUAAUUUCGAUGUUGACGGUGUAAGGGCAACCGAGUGAACAUCCACAGGACUGUUAGAUCUGUGUAUCGCUCAACUGCCCAGUUAAUCUUGGGAUGAAAAAAAGGAAUGCAUGUAAUUGCCACGGAUGGCUAUCAAGAUCCAGAGUGUACCACCCCGCUCGUUGUACGGAUUUCAAUUCAUGAUCAUAUCGAAGCAGCAACUCACCUUGCGACAAGCAUCGACGUGGGAACUUCUGGUCGGGAGUGUCCAAUUACGUUUGGACUCAACGCAACAAAAAAUCAUCGAGCAAUGAAAAUUGAUUAAAUUACUUGAUUCAAGCAUCGCUUAGUUGUUGUUUUCAUCAGUAAAUCAAUCGUCUUCUCAACGUGUGUUGUACAAAGGAAUAUCGUCCUGUUCUUUAGUCCACCAGGAGAUACAUUAAAUGAAAUCAAAUAUGACCCAACCUAUGAUCAACGUAAAAAUUGAAGUCAACAGGGAUACUGAUGAGAUCAGUAGUUGUAUACGAGCCCACUAUGAUGUGCAUCUUUUAAAUUUUUACAAAGAAAAAAAAGGAAGCCAUCAACUCUCAGGGCCUGCGAUCACAACCACACAUUCCAAAAGAUAUUAUGGAAUGGAAUCAAGGGUUGAUAUCGGGAAUCGUCCUACCAGAACGGUAAAACUCCCGCAUACCUUGCAUUCCAGGCGUUUGCUAUACUCUUCCACAAACGUAACGGAAACACAUCUACGGGUAAAGAACGUGUAUCCUGACUAAUUUGUGGAUUGACUAUUCAUGGUAUCGUGGUCUUACCAUUUCUGGUCUUCGCUGGAGUUUUCAUGGUAUGAACAUCAUUCUUUCCAAUAUCAUUCAAAUCCAAUCAUUGAUUCGCCUGUGGACUGUUUCGGCAAGUUUGAAGCCAGAUAAUCAUAAAGGUCAGAUGUAGAUGUAACUCGAGUCCAUUGAAAACCAGAUGUAUCUUUUGCCAACACGGUAUACAAAGUAAUGUGCGAACGCUAGUGACUCUCCUUUCAGAAGAAUGCAAAAGAAAAGUGUCUGGGAACGCAGUUCUCUUUGCGACAAGCAUCGUGCGCUAUCCGAAGAAGCGCAUGUUUGUUUCGAAUCCAAUCAUCACACAACCAUUUCGCAACGGCGUCUUCAAGAAUAGAAAAAAACUUGUCGCAUUUGUCAGCUUAAACCGUAAACCUGCUACUUACUUUCCAACACAGCAGACUUUUGCUCGCAUGGCUUCCUCAUUCCAAUACCAAAUAAUAACACCGAUAUAAG